ACGCCCACAGGUGAUCAGACUGCUGCGGUAAGAGAUACGGACUUGUCCGAAGAGAUGCUGCAGCAUGAUGUGGAGUGUGCCAUUUUGGCCAUAGAGAAAUACAAUGUGGAAAGAGAAAUUGCAGCCCUUAUGAAAAGGGAGUUUGAGAAUAAAUACAGUCCCACUCGGCACUGUGCUGUAGGAAGGAAAUUUGGUAGCUGUGUGUCUCGUGAGACCAAGCACUUCACCUUCUUCUUCAUGUGUGGGGUAAAUACUCUUCUGUUUGAAGCUGGUUAG